GCUGUCGUAAAGCAUAUGGGCAGCAAGACCACCAUGUGGCAGCCCCACAAAGACCAUGCAGCAGCCCCACAAAGACCAUGUGCUGCACAAGGACUUAUCCCAUCAGCAAAAUCAUCUUUGUUGGUCAUGCGGGAUGAACAGCGUCAUACUGAAGUGCCAUCCGUUGAUCAGAAAGAAAAUAGGUUCCAUGGUUUAAACUAUAAAUGUAGAAAAUUUGAUGAUCCUCUUCCAAAGAGUAUGAUUAGUUGCAAUUCUGAUGCUGCUGACUUUGUUGACAAAUAUGUUGCUUUUGAGUCAUCAGACAAAGGCAAUUCAAUUGAAGAGUCAAAAAGAGUAAACACCACUACAGCAUGGCCUGUUGGUGAUGGAACCAAAUCUGGUAAUGGAAACCUGCUUGGCAAAUUGGAACAAUGUGAAGCUGGAUGUAGAAAUUGUAAUGAGAACGCAAUGGUGUCUUUUGGUGAGAACGCAAUGGUGUCUUUUGGUUGGUUUCUGUUUGGAAGAUCUGGUUUGCAGUUUACACCUGAUGGCCAGUUUCUGGUCCUCCAGAGCAGCAUCAGAAUACCUUUUUGCAGGAUGCAAAACAUUGAUUGUUCAUGCUCCAUGUGCAAAUUGGACCAAUGCGAGGAUAAUUCUUUGAAAAUUGUAUCUAUUAACUUUGGAUAUGUUUCACUCAUGACCAAAUUGAUGCCUUAUGGGACAGUGUCGUGUAUUUUGAUCUGUGAGCCAAAUUACAUUGUAGCUGCUGAAGACAGCAGAAACUUGCAUAUCUGGAAGAUGGUCACUGGGUGGAGUGGGAUAUCUGAGGAGUAUGUUAUUCCUAGCUUGGGUAACGCGGGUCCUUCAAUACUGGAGCUUAGAAAAAUGUCAAAAAGCAGAUCUCUCAUUAUUGGUCAUGAUGGAGCAGGCAGCUUUUGUUUGUGGGACAUCUUCAAGCAAACACUAGUGGCAACUUUUGUAGCUCCAGGGAACGUUGUCUUCCAGAUUUUGCCAGUAGGCUUCUGUCGUUUGCAGGAGGAUAUCAUUCAUGCUCCAAUCGAUGACCUAGAGAAAAGACUGCGAGAGAUCACCGUCAGUGACAUGUCCAGAGAAAAUGACAGGGAGUCUUUUCUGAUGCCACCAAGAGAUGAUAUAGCAGUUUGGAUUCUGGUUUCUUCUGCUUCAGUAGCUGGGUAUCAACAUGAUCUUCGAGCAAAGGAACAUAAUGCACGAUGGAGGCUAGCUCUGCUAGCGAAGAAGAGAAUAUUUAUGGGAAAUAUUUUGGAUGCAAGAGCUACUGCUGUAGAUGCAUCUGGUAACUAUGGAUUUGCUGGAACAUAUGGAGGUCUGUUGUACACGUGGGAAUUGUCUUCUGGGAGAAAACUUGCUGGUACACAGUGUAGCAACCGUGGACCAGUCUCCUGUAUUGUUGUUGAUGCCAAAUCAGGUGUAGUGGCAGUGACUGACGGUGGAUGCCAAUUAUUACUUUACACUCAGAAGACGAUGCUAACUGAUGCGGGGAGCAGAUGGGCACACGUUUAGAAUAAAGUAAUCAUUGCAGCAAAGUAACAUAAAAUUUGCAAUUGUAUGUAUAGCUUACAGUUUGCUGUGUAUAGAAGGUUUUGGUUUGUUCUGUACUUA